AUGAAGAAGGAAAAACAACAAUUGGCAGCAUCACAAAUUAAUUUGCAAAAAAAUAAAAAUGAAACAUAUAAAACAAACUCUUCUGUGUCAAGAGACACACAGCUUAAUGUUUUUCGCUUAAAUCAACAUUCUAGUCGAAUAGAUUCAUUUCCAAAGAAUUCAGUUUCUAAACUUAAUAAUAACACAACUUCAACUUCAUCUGAUAAAACUUUUAUACGCCGAUCUAAUUCCGUCGCUUCUUUAAAUACUCGAUACAAACAGCACGCUAAUAACUCUACCGAAGAACCCGUAAAUUUAGUUCCAGCUCCUAGUAAUCAUACGACAUUUAAUAACACGGAACUUUCUUUAAAUCAACAAUUUCAUUUGCCAUCUGAGAUGGAAAAUGCAUAA